AUUGUUAGUAAACAUAGAUAAAUCUAGAACUUAGAAGGAGUUAGAAGUGGAAAUGAAGCCAGUGUAUGAAUGAAUUGGAAAAGCCUCAUAUGGAAGGAAAGGAAAACUAUUCAAAUGAAAAGGUUGUCAGAACAUUUGAUGAUACAGAAAACAGAAAAGCUCUCCAAGAAAUGAACCAAAGCUUUAAUUCUGGUGGAAGUGAAAGCCGUCCUUCUAAGAAAACUUACAGGAGGUGGUGUUUAGAAAGCUUUGACAUUGGGCGCCCCCUAGGAAGAGGCAAGUUUGGGAAUGUUUAUUUAGCAAGAGAGAAGAAAACUAAGUUCAUAGUUGCCUUGAAGGUAAUGAUCUUUAGUUUUUAA